AAACGAAAACAGAGCCCUGCGACUGAAAGAACCCGCGUCUCUUGCGCUCUCCGCCGGUGGAAAUUCCGGCGGUUACGUGGAUCCGGACGGGACGGCCAUUGUGAUGUCAUCCGAGCUUCUGCCGGCGCCGACUCCGGAUCCGAGAGUGACGUGGAAUUAUUUUGACGAACAAGGGUACGUUUCGAGAGGCGGUUUGCGGGCGGGCGAGGACCCGUACGCGAGGAAUAAAUUCAAUCAGGAGGCCUCCGACGGUCUUCCGAGUAAUCGUGACAUACCCGAUACUCGCAGCGCCAUGUGUAGAAUGAAACAAUGGAGACAGGAUCUACCACCGACUUCCGUCAUAAUUACUUUCCACAAUGAGGCACGUUCCACGCUACUCAGAACCGUCGUCAGCGUGCUGAACAGAAGUCCCGAACAUCUGAUCAAGGAAAUCAUUCUAGUCGAUGAUUUUAGCGACCAUCCCGAAGAUGGCGAAGAAUUAUCGAGAAUCCAUAAGGUUCGUGUGAUCAGAAAUGAAAAGAGAGAGGGUCUAAUGAGAUCGCGUGUUCGCGGCGCAGAUGCCGCUACAGCGAACGUACUCACAUUUUUGGAUUCCCAUUGCGAGUGCAAUGCCGACUGGUUGGAACCGCUUUUGGAGAGAGUAGCCGAGGAUCCAACCAGGGUAGUGUGUCCCGUAAUUGAUGUAAUCAGCAUGGAUACUUUCCAAUACAUCGGAGCGUCCGCUGAUCUCAGAGGUGGUUUCGAUUGGAGUUUGGUCUUUAAAUGGGAGUAUCUCAGCCAGUCGGAACGACAGGCGAGACAAAAGGACCCGACGCAGGCCAUUAGGACCCCUAUGAUCGCUGGCGGACUGUUUGUCAUCAACAAAGCGUACUUUGAGAAACUCGGCAAAUACGAUACUCAGAUGGACGUUUGGGGCGGCGAAAAUCUCGAAAUAUCGUUUCGCGUGUGGCAAUGCGGUGGCAGCCUCGAGAUUAUUCCUUGCUCACGUGUGGGCCAUGUAUUCCGUAAACGUCAUCCGUACUCGUUCCCCGGAGGUAGCGGGAACGUGUUCGCCCGAAACACGAGACGCGCCGCUGAAGUAUGGAUGGAUGAUUACAAGCAGUUCUACUAUAACGCUGUGCCGCUGGCACGAAAUAUCCCUUACGGAAAUAUCCAGGACAGAAUGGAACUGAAACGAAGACUGCACUGCAAACCCUUUAGUUGGUAUCUGAAAAACGUUUAUCCCGAGCUGGUUAUACCUACGAGCGAGGGUGGUCCCGGAGGAUCUUUGAAGCAGGGAACCGCCUGUUUGGACAGCAUGGGCCACCUUCUCGACGGGAACGUGGGUCUCUAUCCUUGUCACGAUACCGGUGGCAAUCAAGAAUGGGGUCUCACAAAAGACGGCCUGAUCAAGCACCACGAUCUCUGCUUGACCCUGCCGGUCUACGCGAAAGGCACCACGUUGCUGAUGCAAAUCUGCGACGGCAGCGAGAACCAAAAGUGGCGGCACUUGGAGGGUGGUCUCAUACGUCACGCCAGAAUCCCCGUGUGCGUGGACUCCCGGUAUCAUGCGCAGCGUGGCAUUACCGCGGAGAAGUGCGAUUCGAACGCCGAGACGCAGAGGUGGCAUCUCUACAAUCACAAUCACUAGCUGAUAUGGUUGCGGUGAAUGCGCCAUUCAUCCGCUGACUCUCUCGCUACUAAUCGUCGCGAUCGACAUGAUCGCCCUAUUCAAGGUCGAUCGCGUCAGAGGCGCGUUACUUAAUUAAGGCUAUCCGCGCGCGACCAGAUCGAUCGAUUUGGGCCGGGUUACUUAAUCUUAGAGAACUGCGCGUCCCCCCUGGUUACAACAAUAGUGGGCUCUUUAUGAUCUCCCGAAAAUAAUAUCGAUAAGGAGCCCGUCUUGUACCAAGCUGACUUGCAAGUUUUUGGCGCAGUUUAUAUGAAGUGGAGUCACAUGUGUCAUUGGACGGAAGAGAUCUAGAAAAAUUCUCUAGUGACUUACUAAAAGUGGUAUAUUACGGAAAACGCAAAAAAGAUAGGAAAAGAUUUAAGACUGCUUUAUAUAUUAUAUACAUAUAAUACUAAUCAAUAAACUUUUCGGUUUCGAUAUCUAUCGAAAUUCCAUCGCUUUUUUAUCUUUAGGCACUAAAAUGACACUAGAUCAUCUCAUGAGAUAUCUUUUUUUUUUUAUAAUGAUAACUGUACUAGAAUGUGAACAUUUCGCGAUUGAUGUGUAAAAUAAUGUUUAUAGUGAAAUGAGAUAAUGUAUAAAGACGCGGGAGCGUGUACGAUCACCGAUGCGAUGCGAAAGUUGUGCAUACACAGAGUAUCGCAAACUUUCGAAUGUAAGAAAAAAAAUGAACAAAAUUAGGUUGCUUUAUCGGGAAGAGAGUCUCUGUACACUGUUAGCCUCGAAGAGAGUGCCACAGUAAAGAAAACCAAACAAAAACUCAUUUGUUUCUGAGAUUUAAAAGAGAAUGAUGAGCAUAUGAAGAAUUUAGCGUUUCGUAUUAUGUGCGAAAUAUAUAAAUUUAGCGUGCGAUAAACUUGCUUAUACUAGUCUCGAGGAACUCAAUUUUCUUUGAGAAUUAUAUUACUUAAUCAAGAGUUUCCUUGUUGUUGUUGCGCAUACUUGCGAUUAUGUCUUCAAUUUGAAAAGUUUAAACAGUUAUAAAAACAUCAAUCAAACGUUAUUGAUAAAUAUUAUUGAUAAAAUACAACUAUAAAUAGAACUAUCGCAAUCAAGUCAUAUUAGUUAAGAAACGUGUGUACUUGAGCGUGUUCGACCAACGGACACAGCUCAUUUUUUUAUUUAUAUAUUUAUGUGUACUUUUUUAAAUGAAGAAAGCCAUAGCUUUUAUACACCUCUGGCGUUACUUCAUAUUUUGGAUAAUCGGUAUUAGGUUUUGUCACACCGUUUUGAGAUUAUGUUUUUAAGCGAAUAACCGCGCGGAGAAGCUUACACGAAACGACAAAACAAAUAAUGUUGUACAAGUUGGACAAAACUAUAUUUAAUUUCAAGUCACAUAUGACUUGUAUCCGCGAAAAGCUUCUUAGCGUUGCUAUCGGAUCAAACAAAGUCCGCAUACAUAUGUAUAUAUAUGUAUAAAUAAGUUGUUUUUAUCUGGUCUUAGGUUACGGCCCAGUUCAAUCCGCCGAUAAAAAUAUUUCCUCAAUCGAAUGAGAUAUCGUGCUGAACCAAAUGCUUUUCCGUCGAAAGCAUGCGCUACGAUUCACACAAAAAAGAGACUUAUUUUUGUAACUGAUUGUAUAAAUUUACUUAGUUGUGCGAAUAGACAACAAAAAGCCCAGGAACUGGGGUGUGUAAACAUACUUAACAUAUUGUAGAGCUCGGUAAUAUAUAUAUACAUAUAACCCUGCAGAAAUAGAUGAAUUACAAACUUUAUAUUGUGUGUGUAGCAUAACAUACUUCUUAAAUUCUUGUAUAAACAAAAUCGAUAUUCGUUCUCGAGUUUUCAUUUUUUUGUUAUUUUUAUUGUUUUUGCCAAAAAAAAAAACAAACAAACUUUAAUUUCCUUCUCAUAUAGGAAUUCGAAGUUUUCUUGAAAUGAGAAUUGCUUUUCAAGUGAAAACUUCUCUCGAGCGUUACAUCUAAAGAGAAAACGCAGCAUCGCGUUGAUUCAUCAUUACAUUACUCGCUCACAAAUGUUUUUAAGUGAAUCAAGGUGGAAGUUGACGCGAUGAACAUAGCAAUAUUAUAUUAGCACAGACACGAUCUUUUGUAUACUUAUAUUUUCCAAUAAUAACGUCUUACUGCCGUCGCUUCGCGCUUGACUUAUAGAUAUGCCGCGAAGCGAGAGAGAAAGAGUGUGUGAGAGAGAGAGAGAGAGAGAGAGAGAGAGAAAGAGAGAAAGAAAGAAAGAAAGAGAGAGAGAAUGAUAUCAAAUAAACUUUUGUAUAAUAACACAGGCAACUAUAUUAUAUAUUCACACUAGCUAACUUUGGGAAGAUCUGCUAAGAGUAUCUAAAAUUCUUUUGAUAUCAAUAUUGUACGUAAGAAGCCAAUAAUAUACUUUUAAUGUAGAUAUUUCAUGUGAUCGAUUGAUUCGGCCGUGUUCUGGUUAAACGGAUACGACAGCAUAACGUGAUCGCAUAUGAUAUAAUCUCGCCUUGCUUCUCUAACAAUCAAAACAAAAAGAAAAUUUCAAAUGUUUAAUGCAUCGUCACGAGCGGUAAGCGUCGUCAGUAAAAUGUUCUCUUCCUUUUAAUCAGGACACCGGCUUAAUAAGAACAUGUAUACAUAGAUAGAGUAAAUAUGUACGUAUACGCGGGGGUAUAUUCCUACGUAUCACUAUCGCGCUUCCUUUUGGCUGCAGAUUCUUUGAAGGAUUUCGACUUUCCUUUAGCUCUCGUGAGAUUGAAAGAGAGGUCUAAUUACGGAGUUAGUUAACAUUGGAAUUAAAGGAUUUCGCUUUACCGAAGGCACGUAGAUAACGAAGAACUUUGUUUUCAGAAAAUUUAAAGCGAACUUUACUCGCAACGGAAGAAUGAUUUGAAGCUUAAUCACCUACUUAACUUUUUAUAUCAAAAUGGCUCAGCAAUUAAAUUUGUUAAUUAAAGUAGAUUAAAAUGCCGCAAAUAAAAUCUUUUGACAUUAGCUAACGGAGUAUUGUUGUGCGUUUUAUCGUCACAACGAUCGUUGUCAGGUGCGAAUCGGUUCUUCUUAAAAGAAAAAAAAAAGAAAACUUUAAUCUAGAUUAAUUAACAAGCCGUAUAAAAUAAAAGGAAGUGUGGGGAAACAUGGAAUAUCGAAUUGUAUGUAAAUACACUAAUGGGAAUUAAAUCUCACGUCAGCGGUCGAUCGAUUGAGAGAAGACACGGUGCAUGUAGAAAAAAACCUUCCGUUCUAUUUGUGCGGCACGCAAGUUGUUUCUCGUCAGUGUACGCACAAAUUCGCACAAGUGUGCAAAAUCCCGAAACUAUUUCACACGAUUUAGGGGAAGGAUCUUUGCUGCGUUGUAAAUAAUUAUUGCAUAUUCCAUUAUCUCCCUCCCGUCCUGAUAAUUUCAAAUAGCUUUAUCACAGCGUGAAUACUUGCAUAAAUUUUCCCACGUAAGAAAAAUCGUCACACACAUACACACACACACACACGCACAUAUACACGCACAUAUGCAGCUAUAUUCUCUCAUAAUAUUGUAAAUAAAAGAGAAGAAAAGAGAGUAUAGAUAUAAGCUAACGAAACGUUAUAUUUCCAAGAUCGACAAAACUGUAAGAUAAUAGGCAGCUCGAUCUUAAUUCUAAGGUAGCAAGUAAAUUCAUCAAUGUUUUAAUAUAUGCGUGUCCAGUAAAAUGAGAAAAUUUGUACUCGAGGAAUUGUGGUGUAGUUGAAAUAAGAACGCGCGCUGUACAUUGAUUGGAACAUUUACGCCGUUAUAAAUACCAAUGCGUCUUAGUCUAAUUAACUAAUAUUUUGUUUAAUAAAAGCGAAGUUUUUUGGAACUUAUAUUGUGUUUAAUAAAAACGAUAUUGAGAACUAAACCGCCAGUUAGGUGCAUCUGCUAUUUUCAAACUGAAAUAAUUUCGCGAUAGGAUUUCAAAUUAAUCAUUGCAUCAAAUCGUGCAAGGUGCAACAUAUUGAAGACUAUAUACUUUUGAAAGCGUCUUUAUCAAAAAUAAACAAAAAGCUUCAAUCAAAAAUAAAAGUUAAAAAAUGUUG